CAGUGGCACAGUCAUCCAUCCCCGCACCGCCCAGAGGGGAGGGGAUGCAUGGCUGGCCGUCAUCCGUGGAUUCGAUUUGUUCAAGGCAAUCUCACUAUCGCGCCCUCGCAAUUGGCCACGCCAUCUGCUGUUAACCGACCCAUAGCAACAGGCACCCAUAUGCGACCCAUAGCAACAGGCACUCGCAUAUAACCAAGGCACGUCUUGCAUCAGUAACUGCCCUACAAUCGACAUGGCGGCGACGACCAGCCACCCCGAGUCUCGCAUCGGCUACCGCUUCGUCCUCGGCGGCACGAAGCACUUUAGUUUCUAUGAGAAGGAAAUCUCCUGGCCAGUACCCAUCGGGAGGGCCCUGCGCGCCAUGGAGGACAAGCUGUUCGACGCCCUAGGCCUGCCCGCCGGGUCGCAGGUGAUGGAUGCCGGGUGCGGCGUCGGCCAAGUGGCUCUACACAUGGCGCGGCGCGGGCUGCGCGUUACGGGUAUUGACGUGGUCGACCACCACAUCGCCAAGACCCGGCAGAACGUGGCCCGCUCGGCGCUCCCGCCCGGCCAGGUCACGUCCGUCGCCGACGGCUCGCUCGACGGCGCCUACACCAUGGAGACGUUCGUGCACGCCACAGACCCCGAGGCGGUGCUCGCUGGCUUCCACCGCAUCCUGCGGCCCGGCGGCCGGCUAGCUGUGGCCGAGGCCCUGGGCUACCGCGACGUGGUCAACAAGUACGCGGCCAUGCCGGCCAACCAGCGGUCGCAACCGGGCGUGUUCAAGCGCAUGCUCGAGGGCGUCGGCUUCGACGACGUCGUGGUCCGCGACUACUCGCCGCACAUCCGCCCCAUGCUGCGCCUGUUCUGGCUGCUGGCCGCCGUGCCCAACUUCUUCAUCCCCCUGCUCCGCCUCGAGCGCUUAUUCAUCAACACGUUCGCCGGCGCCCAGGCCUACCGCUACCACACCCUCUGGCGCUACGUCGCCAUCUCGGCCACCAAGCCUCGGGAGAUAUUCGCGGCCGAGAGCGCCAAGACGAAGUGA